UGUCAAGGUCAUGUGCACAAUAUGAGCUUUCUGCUUGACUCUUGUGCGUUGUUAUUCUCUCAGAUUGCUUUCUUCGUGGGAGGAUGGAUUUUCUUCCUGCGUCAGCUCUUUCGUGAUUAUGAAGUUAAGGACACGGUGGUGGUGCUUAUUUUCUCCCUUACGUUUUCGUUGUCGUGCACAGUUUUCGAACUUGUUAUAUUUGAAAUCUUAGAUGUACUAGAAGCAUCUUCAAGACGCAUACACUGGCAGUUUAUUCUCUUUACAUCACUUCUGGAUGUUAUAGUCGUUAUUCCUUUUUAUAUAUCAUUCCAUAUCAGUAAGAGCCUUCGAUUCAUACCACCUAGAAGUACUUUCCGUCUUUGUUUUUCUCUGGGAUUCAUGACUGCCUAUUUAUACAUCUUUUGGAGAGUAGGCACAUCUUUCCCUAUUCUUAGUGGCAAGCAUGGUAUUGUAUUCUUAGAGCAGUGUAUUGGCAGAAUAGGAGUGAUUGGAGUUACCAUAAUGGCUUUACUAUCCGGUUUUGGUGCUGUUAACUAUCCAUAUUCUUGCAUGACCUAUUUCGCCCUGUCAGUUUCCAACUCAGAAAUACGUACAGCUGAGAAAAGAUUACUACAGACGGUUGAUAUGAUCUUGGUCAAGCGUCGAAGAUUAGCUCAAUCUCAAUUCGAAGCUCGAAUGAAGCAAACGUCCAGUGAAAAGUCUAACACCUUUUGGAACAUGCUGCGUACAGUGGGAAUGUCCAUUUCAACUCCUCGUGUUGACGAAAAAUUAUUAAAACAUGAGAUAUCUGUUCUGGAGGAUCUAAGUCGUCAGUUGUUUCUUGAAUUACACGAUCUUCGCACUGCUCAAGAACGUGUAGAGUUUUCAAAAACAUGGAAAGGACGAUACUUUAAUUGUCUUGGCUACUUUUUCUGUGGGUAUUGUUGUUGGAAAAUAUUCAUAUCUAUUGUAAAUAUUUUACUAAAUCGAUUCGGUGGACAAGAUCCUAUUACGCGUUUCAUGGGAAUAGCUGUACAUUAUUUAGGCUUUCAGAUUGAUGUGAAAUUUUGGUCGCAGCAAAUAUCAUUUUGGCUUGUUGGCAUAAUUGUUGUCACUUCAAUUCGAGGUCUUUUAAUAACACUGACAAAAUUCUUUCAUGCUAUUGCAAGCACUAAAUCAUCAAUAUAAUUGUUUUAAUUAUAGCUCAAGUAAUGGGUACUUAUUUUAUUUCAUCUGUAUUGCUUUUACGUAUGAAUAUGACUGCAGAAUACAGAAAUAUGCUUAAUCAAGUACUUGGUGACUUGCAAUUCCAUUUCUAUCAUCGUUGGUUUGAAGUUAUCUUUCUGAUUAGUGCGAUGUGUAGCAUUGCAUUUUUGUAUUUAGCUCAUAAACGGGUUGCUGAAAUAAAAGAUGACUGCAUUUCUUAACUUAAUUUGAUUCAAGUUUUCAUAAUCAAUGAAAGCGUGUGAUUUUCAUGCCUUCUCGAGUUUCUAGUUCAUAAAGC